AACUUAAGAGGAAAGAAAAGGGAACACUGAAGAGAACAAAAAAAAGGAAUUAAUUUUAAUUUGUUUAAAAUUAUUUUGAUGGCGAGUAGCAAAAGCUAUUACUCGAGACCGAACUGCCGAUUUCUGUCGGGCGAUCAACAACUGCAAGCGACGCGGAGGCAUGACUCGGCGGCGGCAUUCGAGUUUGAGGAGUCGGACAUUUACAGCAACUCGGCCUCGACUCGCUCUGACUCGCCCGAGCUUCGCACCAGUAGUCGAGUAGCAAAAAAGACGUCGACGAAGCGCGGCGGCGGCGGCGGAGGAGUAGUAGGAGGGGAUUCCGGAGUGGGAGGAACGCCGUCGUCGUUGCCGGUCAACAUACCGGACUGGUCGAAGAUUUUGAGGGAAGAGUACAGGGACAACCGGAGGAGAUCGGAGAGCGACGAUGAUGACGUGGAAGGAGACGAUUGGUCGGAAGGAGGAGUUAGGAUUCCGCCUCACGAGUUUUUGGCAAAGCAAAUGGCGAGGACGAGGAUCGCGUCGUUCUCUGUUCACGAAGGCAUAGGGAGGACUUUGAAAGGAAGAGAUCUGAGGAGGGUCAGAAAUGCAAUUUUUGAAAAAACCGGGUUCGAAGAUUGAAAACCAAAAAUAAAAAAGAGUAAGCAAUUUUAGAUUCAUAUUUAAUUCCCCUAGAAAAUUUUAGUCACUUCUUCUUCCUUUUCUUUCCUUAUAAGUUACAAGGUUUUCCUUUUCCCUUAUCUUUUUGCCACUGUGAUAUGAUCAAGAGGAUCAUUUCCAUCCCUGUAAUCCUAACUUCGAGCUUUCUAUGAGAUUUUGCGGAGAUAAAUUUUCCAAAAUUCAUAUAAAUUUAUGCAGUCUGAUUGAUUUUCCA